ACCGCGCACCCGCAGUCCGCGACUCUGUAUGGAUUUCCGGUGUAAAGCUCCCGUAGCCGCCAAUGCAAGUUCGAGCCGUUCAACCGCUAGGGUUUCUUCACAAACCGGCGUCGUUCAAACUCAGAUACUCUACAAAGAAAAGAACAAAACAGAGAUCCUCCGUCCAAUCUUGCGCUCCCAAACGGGACCUUGAAGGCCAAUCAGUCGCUGUUAUUGGUUUGGGAAAGUCUGGAAGAGCUGCGGCACGACUUGCUCUUGCUAGAGGUGCUUCAGUUGUAGCCAUUGACCAGAAUGAGAACUUGGGUUUGUUGGAGGAAGAUCCACUUUUUAUGAAGCAUAGUAGUUUGAGAACAAUUCUUGGGCACUUUGAUACUGAGCUACUUAAGGAUGCAGACAUUGUGGUUCUUUCUCCUGGAGUUCCAUUGGAAAACCAUGGCAUUUCAUGUUUGUUACAGUCAGGAAAGCUUAUAAUGUCAGAGAUGGAUUUUGCAGCAGAGGUUCUUCCAAAAGGUACCAAAAUUUUAGCAGUGACUGGGACAAAUGGAAAAUCAACAGUUGUCACCUUUGCUGGACAGAUGCUAAAUCACUUAGGAAUUGAGGCUUUUGUUGGAGGAAACCUUGGCAAUCCACUUUCAAACGCUUCUUUCGAUUUUCUCAUGUUGCCUUCUUCGAAAUCAAAGUUUCAGGUUGCCGUGGUGGAGGUUAGCAGUUAUCAGAUGGAAAUUCCUAACAGAUACUUUUGCCCUUCUGUAUCUGUGGUGUUGAACCUCACUCCGGAUCACAUGGAAAGGCAUAAGUCAAUGAGGAACUAUGCUAUGGCCAAAUGCCGUUUAUUUUCUCACAUGACAAAUGCCAAACUUGGCAUACUGUCUUCUGGUAUGUGCUAAUUUAAUUGUUGAAUU